AUGAAGAGCGAUUGGAGCAUCAGCGAAAGCACCUAUUUUAAUGUUUGUGACAUUCAGAAUUUCACUUGGACAAAAGAGGUGAUGUACGACUAUUUGGCUAAUCCGAGGAAGUAUUUACCUGGCUCAAAGAUGAUCUUCGCCGGUUUGAAGAAAGCUCAAGAUCGAGCCGAUGUUAUCAAAUACAUGGAAGUUGAAUCGACCAAAUAG